AGCUUCAAUCUCAUCAAACAAGAAUCAUCCAAAGCAACCAAGUCUUCCGAUAUCUGCCUACAGCAGCAAAUCAAAAACCUCAGCAAACCCAUCAGCAAUGGCUCUCAGUCUCUUUGGCACAGGCCGACGCAGCAACGUCUUCGACCCAUUUUCCCUCGACAUCUGGGACCCCUUCCAGGGCAUAGGCUCUCUCGUCAACUCCUCCUCCACUGCCGGCGACACCUCCGCCUUCGCUCAGACCCGAAUCGACUGGAAGGAGACCCCGGAGGCCCACAUCUUCAAGGCGGACCUCCCCGGACUGAAGAAGGAAGAAGUGAAGGUUGAGCUGGAGGAAGGGAAUGUCCUUCAGAUCAGCGGAGAGAGGAGCAGGGAGCAGGAGGAGAAGAAUGACAAGUGGCACAGGGUGGAGAGGAGCAGCGGCAAGUUCCUGAGGAGGUUCAGGCUGCCGGAUAAUGCAAAGGUGGAUCAUGUCAGGGCUACUAUGGAGAACGGGGUUCUUACUGUGACUGUGCCCAAAGCAGAGGAGCAGAAGCCCCAGGUCAAGAGCAUCGACAUUUCUGGAGCCUAAAUUUUCAAGAUCUUCAUGCCAUCACAUCUUUAAUUUUGUUCUUAAUAAUGUCAAAUAAGCUUGUGUGGUGUGUUUUGUAUGUUGUAAUUUCUUUUAAGUGUGUAAUAUGUCUUUUCUGUAAGGUUUGAUGAGUGAUGGGCUGUCAUGUAUGUUGAUCUAAUAACGGUAUUAAGAGAAAACUUUCAUAAUGUUUUGUAGA